AUGGUCGGCUCACAAGUCGAAAAGAAGAGAAAACGGGCAUCGGACCGGCAUGACAGACCAAGCAAAAAACCUGCCAUCCACUCCAACCCUGAGCCAGCAAAGGUUCAGUACUUGAAAAACACUGCAGGACAUGUCCCUAUCAUCGCUUCUUCGCCUGGCCUCACGGUCCCUGAAACAUUACCUUUAAACACAUAUAUAAAACCGCGACAACAGCGCAUGAAGCACACCGAGAAUGCGAAUCUAGCCAUGACAGAAGCAUUAUUGCAUACCUCUGGACACCCCAAGCUUAAUUUCACCGGUAGAGAAGGCGAGAACCAGCUGGAUAACCUGUUGAACCACUAUCUUGCGGUCUACGACCCAGAGGACAAUACCGUCCAGCUCCUGGAGGCUAGGAAAAUGAUGAUACGAGGAUGUCCGCGAGAAGCCAUCGAGGAAGUGGAAGAAGAAUCCGAAGGAGAGGGCACUGUAUGUUUAUAUUUCUAUCCAUCUGUAGUGGCGGGCUAUAUGCUAACAAGUUGGAAAACACAGAAAACUGUACUGUCUCAAAAGGCCGCAUUGGCAGCAGCUUUUGGAACAAAGCUUGCCCGCAAAGCAGUUGCCGCCAUAACAGAAAACGCUUUAACGUCGAACGCCUCAGCUCCAUCCACUCAAGCAGCAGAAUCAGCUCUGAUCUCGUCCAUGCCUCAGGAUGACAUGACAAACGCGGCAGCAGAGAGGUCUGCCCAGGCUGAAAUCCAGGCUUCCAAACCACUCCCCCAACCGAACCUAUCCGCCACACAACCUGCAGAUGUUUAUAGUAUCGAAAGCCUGGUUCCCAGUGGUCUGCUUACACUGCGCAAAAUACCGGUGCAAGACUGGCAGGCUGCCGUUGCUGCUUCAGAAGGUAUAACUACCUCAUCACGCUUUGUAGCAAACAGAGUUGAAGCAGCUGUUCAAUCUGGCGAUAAAACUGUGGUGCAAUUGCUUCGUUUCAUAUUGAUUCUGAUCGAGUUCUCUCGAUCACUCAAACGAUCUCCUGGUGGUGGUCGUGGACUUGAUAGCAGGAAGCUUCCUCCUCGUGAGGACUUGCGCCAUAUUCUUUCCACGGCAGUUGAUUCAGAGACAAACACCACGCCCACAAUAACAGAUUCGUUCCUGGACUCGAUACGUCGGAAGUUUGUGCCUCAGGGCUCGUUCCUUUCACGAAAUGACAUCACAUUGUUGCAUACCACUAUAUGUGCUAUGUCGUUGCAUAUCCCGCCUGCUUCUGGGAAGACAGGAGGAAGCAAUGUGAGUGAGCUUGCCACUGACCCGGCAGAUUUACGUGAUGACCUGCGGCUGGAGAACGAUACAAUCCUGAAGUAUUUCCGGGAAUUGGGCUGCAAGGUUGAUAAGCCUAGGGAAUCGGAGUUUGCUAAGUGGAGCAUCAAGGGUGGUAAGGCAGAAGCUGCUUCGAGGAGAAUUGCAAGGCUGAAGAUUCCUGUCGAAUUCCCCAAGAUGAGCAGAGGAAGGGCGCCGAGAAGGUAG